AUGCACCUAAGCGUGCAGCUCGCUGGCUCGCGCAACAGCGUGUUUGUGUGUGUGUGGUCCCCUAGGUUUGCGAUGGAGCCGCGGUGCGUGCCUCUGCGCCGGAGAAAUGUUGCUUGCGACGAGUUGGCGGUGGUAGGGGGGGGGAUGGUGUGCUCCCUGGGUCCCUCCAUACAAGAGCAACACACAGCGCCAGCACGUGGGCACUGCAGAGAAGCGAGCGAGUUUAGUUGCACCUUUUCUUUCUCAUCUUAUUUAACCGAAAAUGAAGGAUCGAGGUCUUACUCUUUGUGGUUCCGCAUGAGGUGCGACCGAAUGGAGAUGGCUGGAGUGGCCCGUCAUCUUUCUGAGCGACAUGCGUGA